GGCGCGCUCCCGGUGGGCGAGGUGCUCAGCAUUCUGCACGCGUCUGGACAGCAAGUCGGUCGCGUUAUCCUUCUCUCAGUCUCCGACCUCUCGCCCUCGCCUUAUUGCCAAAAUGUCGCUGUCUAACAAGCUGACUCUGGACAAGCUGGACGUUAAAGGGAAGAGGGUCAUUAUGAGAGUGGACUUCAAUGUUCCUAUGAAGAAUAACCAGAUAACGAACAAUCAGAGGAUUAAGGCUGCUGUCCCAAGCAUCAAAUUCUGCUUGGACAAUGGAGCCAAGUCAGUUGUCCUUAUGAGCCACCUCGGCCGGCCUGAUGGUGUUCCCAUGCCUGACAAGUACUCCUUAGAACCAGUUGCUGCAGAACUAAAAUCCUUGCUGGGCAAGGAUGUUCUGUUCUUGAAGGACUGUGUGGGCCCAGAAGUAGAGAAAACUUGUGCCAAUCCACCAGCUGGGUCUGUUAUCCUGCUGGAGAAUCUUCGCUUUCAUGUUGAGGAAGAAGGGAAGGGAAAAGAUGCUUCUGGGAACAAGAUUAAAGCUGAACCAGCUAAAGUAGAAGCUUUCCGAGCGUCACUUUCCAAACUAGGGGAUGUCUAUGUGAAUGAUGCUUUCGGCACUGCCCAUCGAGCUCACAGCUCCAUGGUGGGAGUCAAUCUUCCACAGAAGGCUGGUGGUUUUUUGAUGAAGAAGGAGUUGAACUAUUUUGCCAAGGCCUUGGAGAGCCCAGAGCGACCUUUCCUGGCCAUCUUAGGCGGAGCUAAAGUUGCAGACAAGAUCCAGUUGAUCAAUAAUAUGCUGGACAAAGUGAAUGAGAUGAUUAUUGGUGGUGGAAUGGCUUUUACCUUCCUUAAGGUGCUCAACAACAUGGAGAUUGGCACUUCUCUGUUUGAUGAAGAGGGAUCCAAGAUUGUCAAAGACCUUAUGUCCAAAGCUGAGAAGAAUGGUGUGAAGAUUACUUUGCCUGUUGAUUUUGUCACUGCUGACAAGUUUGAUGAGAAUGCCAAGACUGGCCAGGCCACUGUGGCCUCUGGAAUACCUGCUGGCUGGAUGGGCUUGGACUGUGGCCCUGAGAGCAGCAAGAAGUAUGCUGAGGCUGUUGGUCGGGCUAAGCAAAUUGUAUGGAAUGGACCUGUGGGUGUCUUUGAAUGGGAAGCUUUUGCCCGGGGAACCAAAGCACUCAUGGACGAGGUGGUGAAAGCCACUGCCAGGGGCUGCAUCACUAUCAUAGGUGGUGGAGACACUGCCACUUGCUGUGCCAAAUGGAACACAGAGGAUAAAGUCAGCCAUGUGAGCACUGGUGGUGGUGCUAGUUUGGAGCUCCUGGAAGGUAAAGUCCUUCCUGGGGUGGAUGCUCUCAGCAAUGUUUAGUACUUUCCUGCCUUUUGGUUCCUGUGCACGGCCCCUAAGUCAUCUUAGCAUUUUUCGCGUCUCCACUUGGCAUUAGCUAAAACCUCCCCGCACAUCAAGGUUCAGCUAGUGGCCAAGAGAGGUAGCACCAGGAACCCUUAAACAGUUGCACAGCAUCUCAGCUCAUCUUUACUGCACCCUGGAUUUGCUUAUAUUCUUCAAGAUCUCAUUUAAAUUUCUUGGUGACUAAACCAUUGUGCAUUCUAGAGUGCAUCUAUUUAUAUUUUGCCUGUUAAAACAAAGUGAGCUGUGUUAGCUUAGUUCUCUUUUUGAAGUAGCUUAUUUUGAUUAGCUUGUCACUAUUCACUACUCGGCAUGGAAACAAGAUGAAAUUCCAGUUUUAGGGAGAAGCAAUUGAUGAACUAUUAAAUGAUCAAUAAACAUGUCCAUUGAAACUGGAAUUUUUUUCCUGUCAUACUUUGUUAGGAAGGGUAAGAAUAGAAACUUGAAGGGACCAAAUAUCUACAUUUCUAAAUGUAAGGAAUGGGAUGGCAGCAGUGGGGAGGUGGGGGGAUUAGAUGAAUGCCUACUCCUUAUUGAAGAAUUACACUGUGUUUUUAUUUUAAAUUUUUAUCAGUUUGACACAGUCAUAAUGUAAACAGUCAAGGUUUUACUGCAGCAAAUAGAGCCUCAGCUUACUCCUCCCAUAUGUGAUUCCCAUUUGCCAGAGGUGACCACUGUUUUUCUAGUUAUUUGCCUCCAUGUUUCUAAUUAACAUCCUGUGAGCUUCUUGGAAUUUUUUUUUUAAAAGGUACCUAUUAAUUUCAUACCAUUGAAGAUUUAACAUAUAUCCUCUGUUCCACAUAACCUACUACUUCAUUCUUACAGUAUAGUUUUAUCACAGAUUAAAGUUUACAGUAUGAUUUUAAAUAUUGUUCUGCUUAACUAUGUAGUAUGCUAUAUUUACUUAUGU